CAAGGAAAUAGGACCAAAUUUAAUUAAUGGUCCACUCACAUUGUUAUAAAUAAUAAACAUUAUGCGAUUUACAAUGCAACUAAUAAGAAGAAAAAAAAUGAAGCAUCAACGCCACGCACGGUGUGCUGCUACUAGUUAUACGUCAACCGUAGACGAAACCCUAACUUCAUCACUUCCCACACUUCCUUUGGAUCUGGUUGUUGAAAUACUGUCUAGAUUACCGGUAAAGUUUCUUCUUCAAUCUCGAUCUGUAUGCAAGUUAUGGAAUUCUCUUAUUUCCGAUUCCAAAUUCUCUUACAAACACCUUGGCCUCUCAACCACUCACAGAAUCAACUCUGUCUACUACUCCUAUUCUCGAUGCAGGUAUAUUUUCGAGUCUUACACACUCGACUCUAUUUUCUCUAACAUAUACACCAAUGUCAGGCAGGUUGAGUUUGCUCCGAGCGGUUUUGAAGAAGAUUGUCGUCCAUAUUGUGCCAAUUCCAUUGUUGCAUCUUGCAAUGGCAUCCUUUGUCUUGCUCUCUUUGAUAGUAUUUGUUUUGUUAUAAUGUGGAACCCUUCCAUUAGAAAAUUCAACGAGUUGCCCUAUAUUGAAAACCCAAAAGUUCCUUAUUUUACUUCCUAUGGCUUUGGCUAUGAUCUUGUUAGUAAUGUUUACAAGGUAGUGGUUGUUUUUUGGUGUUCUGGUGUCAAAACUGUGGUGAAGAUUCAUACUCUUGGUACAGACUUUUGGAAAAGUGUGGAAGCCUUUCCGUUUCGUUGCGUCCCUCUCGGGCGAUCAGGGAUAUUUGUUAGUGGUACAAUUAAUUGGUUGCCUCUUAAGGAUGGGAGAGUGAGAUCUUUUGUUGUUUCUUUUGAUUUGAGAACGGAGUCUUAUCGGAGGAUUUUACAGCCCGAUUACGGAAAGUUAAAGCCGGAUGCAGAGCAGUUAUCAUUAGGUGUGUUGAGAGAUUGCUUGUGUUUAGUUUCUCAUCAUGAUGUUUGGAUUAUGAAGGAAUUUGGAAACAAAGAGUCUUGGACUAAGUUGUUCACUAAUUCUUAUGACUCUUGUUAUUACUUGACUAAGGCAAUAUAUAUGUUUGAGGAUGAUCAAGUUUUGCUUGAAGCUUCUUAUAGUGGGGUCAAAAAGUUGAUUCUUCGUGAUCCCAAAAAAAUUGAAACUAUUAAGUUUAUUAAUUUUAAAAACGAGAGGACUCUUGAUUCAAGUCCGGAAGUCUGUGUUGAAAGUUUGAUAUCACCUAGCGGGGCGGGAUGAAGAUUUAUUUCUAUCAUUGGAAGUUUUAGGACGGAAAAAGACAAAUUCUUUAUCCGGUCAAAAGGAAGAAAUACGGCUGAUUCAUGUGAUUUAAAUACAAUCUGUGUUGAUUUAUUUUUUAGUUUUUGGAUAAGUAGUUACUUAUGGAUAUUGUUAAUUCAUGAUCAAUCAAAUCUGAAGUUUGAGAAAUCGUAGGUUAUUUAUUGGUAGAGUUUAGUUUGCCAUUUCUCUAAUUUUUGUUGUAGUGUCUCUGUUGAAAUGUCUAAACUGCAAACAUUUCAUAAUACAUGCUUCAAAUCUUUCACAA